AUGGCUGCUCCCCAGCAGCAGGCUCCGGGGGCGUCUUCGGCCACUGGUGUAUCAGGCCCAGGGUCGGGUUGCGGCCCCGGCCCCCAACAGCAGCCGCCACUGCCAGCACAGCUGGUGGGCUCAUCGCAGAGUGGCCUACUGCAGCAGCAGCAGCAGCAGGACUUCCACCCUGUGCAGUGCUACAAGAUGCUCAUCCCGCAGCUCAAGGAGAGUCUGCAGACCUUGAUGAAUGUUGCAGCCCAGAACUUGAUUCAGAACACUAACAUUGACAAUGGACAAAAGACCAGCGAUGGAUCCAUCCAGCGCUUUGACAGGUGCCUGGAGGAGUUCUACACACUCUGGGACCAGCUGGAGCUCUGCCUGUGCCUGGCACACGAAUGCCUGUCCCGGAGCUGUGACAGCGCCAAGCACUCCCCGACGCUGGUGCUCACGGCUACCAAGCCUGAUGCGAUGCCUUUUCUUUUGCGAUUUGGCACUUAA